GCGGAAAUAUCGCUCACACAGCCCCCAUUCUCACACACACACGCGCACACACACGCACAGCUGAGCUUCACCUGUCCAGCUGGGACUAUUGUGCUCAGGAAAAAAAAGAGAAGACGCUGACAGCUGACCUGCCACCAUGUUCAGGAAAAAAACCAAGUCCACCGCUAUAACGCAGCCCAAAACGACCACAACCACCACCACGUCGGAGCUGGGCGCGCUCAUCGAGAAGCUGCAGAAGAAUGCCGACAAAGUAGAAAAACUCAUCUACGAUGUUGAGCAGAACCUCAACAAGGACGUGAGUAAGAUCAACGAGGGGAAGCAGCCUCUGUAUCAGGAUGACACCAACAAGAGAAUCCUCAGUGCUCUGGACCUCCUGAGAGGCCUGGACCAGGACGCCGUCGACGCCAAGCGCCUCAACCACCCUCAGGCCGAGAUGAUCGAACAAGACAUGAAGCAACUGCGCGAAAGAGUGAUGAAGCUGAAGGAGGACCAUGACCGCAUCUACCACCUGACCCGCACCGAAGGGAUGCCCAGCAUCAACUGGGGCAACAUGAUGGACGAGAAACUGGACAACCUGAACAAUAAAGGCUUUGGCCAGGACCUGCCGUCGGUGGAAAAUGAGGUGGAGGAGCACAACAUCUUCCACAGUGAGGUGGAGGCUCUGGCUCCUCACAUCUCCAGCAGUGGAGACAAGGAAUAUGUCAGUGGCCUCCAGAUGAAGUACAACAAGCUGCUGGCCAGCUCUAGUGCCCGUCAGCGCAACCUGCUGACGUUGCGAGACUACAUGCAACGCUGCACCAACGAGCUGUACUGGAUGGACCAGCAGGCAGAGGAGAGGAUCAACUACGACUGGAGCGACAUCAACCUGGAUUAUUCUGCCCGCCAGAGGCAGUACGAGAACUUUAUCAGUAAAUGUCUGGAAUCCAAGGAGGCUACAGUCACCAAGCUGAAUGAUGAUGGAGAGAAGCUGGUUCAGGCCGAGCAUCCAGGGAAGAAUGUUAUUGAGGCACAUAUGGAGGCAGUCCAUGCUGACUGGAAGGAGUACCUGAACCUCCUCAUCUGUGAGGAGACCCACCUCAAACACAUGGAUGAAUACCAUAAGUACCACAAGGAGGCCCGAGACACUCAGGACCUGCUGAAGCGGCUCGACACCGAGGUCAACCAGAAGUACAACCCAGACUUCAAAGAUGUUUAUCAGAUGGAGGGACUGAUCUCAGAGCUGGAUGACCAGGCCAAGGCCGUAGAGCAUUUCGAUGAACGGGUGAAGGCCCUCCAGAAGCGCAGCCUGCAGGUUUUGCCUCUGAAGUACCGCAGAGAAACGCCCCAGAAGCUGCUGCCGGUGGAAGCUCUGUGUGAAUACGACACAGACGAGGGGCAGAUUCUGCGUGGGGAGAGGUACACGCUGCUGAGGAACAAUGGAGCCAAAUGGGAUGUGAAAGAUGUGGCCGGGCGGAAGCUCACGGCCCCAGCUGUCUGCUUCAUGAUCCCUCCCACUGACCCAGAGGCAGUGGCCAUCUCCGACAAUCUGGCCUCCCAGCAAAAAGGCAUCAAACAGAAGAUGAUGGGCAGCAGGACGACUCUGCAAAAACGCUUUGAUGAGCUGAAGAGAGAAAGCGGGGCCGGAACUGCUACAGACAAGCAAGAGCAGCAGUGCCGGCAGCUGAUGGCCAGUCUGGAUAAAGUUGUCAGUGACCUGGAUAAACAGGAGAAGGCCAUUUACACCCGAGUACGCCCGCCACUGGAGCAGAACAGGCCACAGAAGGACAGCGUCGACCGCCUGCAGGAUUUGAGGGAUAUUUCUGUAGCUGUUAGCAAGAUUGAACCAGAGAAAUCCUCCAAAGUAGCCGAGGCGAAGAACUUCCUGGUCUCAAACACCAACUGCGCCAGUGCUCCUCAGCUUCACAGCAAAGUGGACGAGGCCAACAAGAAAUACACAAAGGUUGAACAGCUUCUCCAGUGCUCUCAGGAAAAAAUGAAGAAUUCAAGCCAGCUGGAGACUUCCCUUCAAAAUGGAAAGAAUUUACUGUCCUCAUACGAGAACAAGCUGGCAAGGGAGGAGGUGGCUCCUUCGGACAUCACCUCGCUGGAGAAAACCCAGAGAGAGCUUGGAGAUAUCGGAUCAGAUCUGAGGUCCAAGAGGACCGUCGUUGCCGACACAGAGCAGAACCUGCGCCUGGCCAAAGGUAGCUGCGACAGCAUGGCCACCAAAUUUCAGGAGCACUGUCCUGAUAUUGAGAGGCAGGAAGCUGAUGUCCAGAAGCUAAACAAGCGCUUCAACAACCUCAACAGGCAGAUCGACACCAGGUCUCAGAGCUUGCAGAGAGCCAAGAUGGCGUAUAGCAAUUACCGCAAGGAUUAUGACAAUUUGAACAGCUGGCUGUCUAAGGUCCCCAACUACGAGCCCCGUGAAACUGAUGACACCAGACAAGUGGAGACCAAACUGAAAAAUCAGAGGAACUUGCUGUCGGACAUCGCUAGGAAGGAGUCCGACCUGAAUAGCGUCUCCAAAAAUGCGCAACUUUACCAGCAAGCCGUCAAGGAUUAUGAGACUGAGUCUGAAAAGUUCAGGUCUAUUCUUGACCUUGAGGAUGGACUUGUCCCUCAAACCUACAAGAAGAGCAGACUGGAGUCACCUGCAAUGACCGUCAAAGCAGAGGAAGCAGCUAUUGAGGCCAAGUUUACCGAGGUGAAUGCUGUGAACAAGCAAAGGCUGCAGAAUCUUGAAUUUGCCCAAAAUCUUAUGAAGCAGCAAGCUGAGGUCCCCAUGAUACAGUCUACAUCUGUGAAGUCAGUCUUUGCUGCUGCCCCAGGAGAAGAGCCAUGGAGAAUCAGGAAGCAACUUGAAGACGAGGUCCAGAGGAGAGAGCAGCUAGAAAAAGAAAUUGAGACCAUUCAGACUGAUAUUUAUGUCCUGGAAGGCCAAAAACCCCAGGAUACAAUUGUCAAGAAGGAGCUUAUUAAAAAGGUUCCAGACCCCCAGCUGGAGGAGGAAAUCCACAAGGUCCAACAGAAGCUCUCAGAGGAACGUCGCACCACCCAUGUCAUGGAGAAUGACCUGGAGGUCCUAAAGCUAAAGCUCCGUGGUCUUGAGACUGAGGUCCAAGAAGGAGCGCAGCAGUACACAGUGAAGGAGGUCUUGCGCAUAGAAAGAGACCGUGGCCAGGAAGAGGAGAUUCGCAAGCUUCGAGAUGAGCUGGAAGACCUAAGACGACAGAAGAUGAUGAAAGACAAUGAACUGAUUCAGAUCCAAAAGCAGGUGACACUCCUGGCUGAAGAGAAGAACAAAGAACAAGAGGUUAUCACUGAACAGAAAGUGUUAAAAGUGCAGAAUGAUCCCCAGCUGGAAAAAGAGUACCGGGUGCUCCUUGACAGGAAGCAGAAGGAAAUAGAAAGCAGGAAGCAAUUGGAGGACGAGCUGCAUUUUCUUCAGGAUAAACUCCGUAGGCUGGAGAAGGAGAAGGCAAUUGCAGAGGAGAAAAUUUCCAUCAAAGAGGUGCUGAAAGUAGAGAAAGAUGUUACCCUUGAAAGAGAAGUAGAUAACCUCAGAAGGCAGUAUGAGGAUGAGAAGUCCAAGCGAAGAUCAUCCCAGAGGGAAAAGGCUGAUCUCCAAAGGAAAAUUACAAGCCUAGAAGAGGAGAAGUCCAAGGUGGUGGUUCAGGAGAAAGUGCGGGAGAUCGUCCGGCCUGAUCCUAAGGCUGAGAAUGAGGUAGCCAACCUCCGUCUUGAACUGGUUGAGCAACAGAGGCGUUAUAAAGAUGCAGAACUCCAGCUUAAAUCGCUGCAGGAUGAGCUGACCAUGCUAAGGAACAGAGGACCCCAAGUGGAAGUCAAAGAGAUCAUCAAGGAAGUCAUCAAAUAUAAGACUGAUCCACAGACUGAAAGAGAGCUGGAGAGACUCCGCAACGAAAUAGUAGAUAAAACCCACCAGACUCAGAAAUCUGAGAUGGAAAUACGCCAGCUCAAUGAUGAAAUCCAAAGAUGGAAGGAUACUAAACCACAAGUACAGACAAAAGAGGUCGUCAAUGAAGUUCUGCAGUAUAGAGAGGAUCCCAAGACUAAGGAAGAGAUUGAAACCCUUAAAAGAAAGCUGGCUGAGGAACAGAAGAAACGUCUUGAUCUUGAAAGUGAGCGGUCAGCCCAUGAAGAAAAGAUCAGACUAAGAAAAAUGGAUCUGUCUCAGGUCAGAGAGAAAAUUGUCCAGCAAGAGGUGAUUAAGAUGGAAGAAGACCCUCUCCUUAGGUCGGAGUGCGAUAGCUUCUCACAAAACAUCAGCAGUGAACAAAAACAAAAGGAGAACUUGAAAGCCGAGCUGUACCAAUUGCAAAGACAGAUCAGCGACCUGGACCUGCAACUGGAGGAGCUUGAGCGCGAACGCAGAGCCCGGCGUGAUGCCGAACUGGAGAUUCAGCGGCUCCGGAUCCGACUUCAAGAGCUGGAGAUCCGCGACAAAGAGAAUCGUGAAAAGGUGACGGUCAAACAAAAGGUGGUGCUGCAGCAGGACCCUCAGCAGGAGAAGGAACACUCCAUCCUCAGACUGCAGCUGGAUGAAGAACGCCACAAACGGACCUUGCUUGAGAAAGAGAUGAACGCCCUAAUUCAGCAGCAGCACACCCUGGAGAAGAUGCAAGUAAAGGAAAGAGUCGUCCGCACUGAGAAGGUUCAAGUAGAGAGGGACCCAGAGGCUGAAAUUGAGAUUGACCACCUAAAGAGAACUUUGGAAGAAGAGAAAAGAAGAAGGCGCGAUCUUGACCAGGAACUGUCCACCCUGACCUCCAGGUACGCUGAUAUGGAAUUUACCAACUCCAAGUCUUCAAAAGAACUGGACUACAUCCGGGAUGAAAGUAAUCGCCUACAGCAAGAGAACCAAAGGCUGCAGAAUGAGAUCCGCAAGCUUCGAUCUGAGAUUGACAUCACCAGCAAAGAAACUCGAAUUAUCACCGAGUCUGUUCCGAGGGCGGAUGGGAAGAACUUAGAGUUGAGGCUUGACUCUCUGCAGAAGGAGCUCACCGAGCUAAGAAGCAUUACACACCAGAAGGAAGAUGAGAUUGAGAGGCUUCAAAAGAACCUGGCAGCAGUGAGAAUAAAGAGGGAGCAGAGAGAGAGCCACCUCCGCAGGUCCAUUGUUGUCAUCGACCCAGAUACAGGCAAAGAGAUGCGACCAGAGGAGGCGUACAAGCUGGGGCUGAUCGACUGGAAAAUGUUUGUUAACCUGCAGAGCCAGGAGUGUGACUGGGAGGAGAUCACAGUCAAAGGUCCCACAGGAGAAUCUUCUGUGCUGCAUGACAGAAAAUCCGGAAAGAAGUUCUCCAUUGACGAUGCAUUGCGUCUCGGGCACAUCACACAGCGCAAUCUCCAGCAGUACUUAAACAAAGAGAUCUCCAUUCAGGAGUUUGGUGUAAUGGUGUCAGGCAAGAAGAUUUGAACACUGACGUCCAGAUUCUUCUUCAUUCUAAAAGGCAUAAUCUGUUUCAAGGUGCUUAAAAGUCUCAGUUCAUUGUUUUUCUUACUUGAAUACUGGUUUUCUUUUCUACCUUAUUCAUGGUUCCAAAGCUCAAUAUGUAUUUAUUUCCUUAUGCAUACAAACAUUUAGUUCUUUGAUAUUGGCUCAAAUAUAUGAAUUGAUUUUGCUAUAGUCACAGCCAACUACACAAUGCUCUAUGUUUUAUGAAAAGCUUGCUCAGAUUAUCUUGAAUCUUUCUUCAGAAGGUACUAGGGUUGACAGCAUAUUUAAAUUCAAUGGUGGACUAAAUAAUUAAUUGAUGUGUGGGAUUUCUGCAGGUUAAUUCAGUGUCAUCUUUAUGUUUCAAUAAAAGUCUAAUCAAAACGAGA